UCGACCCAAGAAAGCUCCGAGCUCCUUCCAGCUGUGAUUUGCGUGUGCCGUGAGAUUCCUAAUGAAUUUGGCAAGCUGAAUUUGGGAAGAGAGAGAGAGAGAGAGAGAGCGAGAGCGAGGAGCAAAGUUAUAAUAGACCUCCCCUCUGAAGACUGGAUUUUGGUACAGUCCACAGAAUUUGCAGGUUAAUAAGCCAAGUUCUGUUUGCAGUAUUGAUUUGGGACUUUCUCGCUGUGUUGUUUGCUGGACAGCUUGGAAAACCUCCCAAGAGAAAUCAGGUUAAUCCAGGCAGAGAGCACCAUGCGUUCAUCAGCAAAACACUUCAGAGAUCAGAAGUACUCGGAACUUAAACAGCAAUGCGUCGAUCAAAAGAAACUCUUCGAAGACCCUGAAUUUCCAGCCACGGAUGCCUCUCUUUUCUACAGUGGACCUCCACCCAGGAAAGUGGACUGGAGACGCCCAAAGGAGCUUUGCAAAGAUCCUCGCUUGUUCGUCAACGGCAUCAGCUCCCACGAUUUGCAUCAAGGGAAGCUGGGAAACUGCUGGUUUGUGGCCGCUUGUUCCUGUCUGGCUCUCCGGGACAGUCUCUGGCAAAAGGUAAUUCCCAAGGCGAAAGAACAGGAAUGGGACCCACGGAGGCCAGAGAAAUACGCAGGAAUAUUUCACUUCAAUUUCUGGUGUUUCGGGAAAUGGAUCGAUGUGGUUGUUGAUGAUCGGCUGCCAACGGUCAAUGGCGAACUGGUUUUCUGCCAUUCUAAGGAGCGCAACGAAUUCUGGAGUGCGCUUCUGGAGAAGGCGUAUGCCAAGGUGGCUGGGUGUUACGAAGCCUUGGAUGGUGGCAACACUGCGGAAGCCGUUGUGGAUUUCACCGGAGCAGUGGCAGAGUCCAUCGACAUGACCAAGGGGAAAUACGGCUGGGACAUUGGGGAGCAGAUGAGGCUCUUUGAAGAUGUGCUGAAAGCCCACAGAAGAGGAGGAGUGAUCAGCUGUUACAUCACGCCUUUAACCGCCCGCGAUUUCGAGGCCGAAACCGCCAUGGGUUUGAUCCAGGGCCACGCCUACGCGGUGACAGCGAUCCGGAAGGUGGCCCUCGGAGACAAACUGCUGCCCUGCGUCAAGUCUGAGAAACUCUUCAUGAUCCGACUGAGGAAUCCCUGGGGGAAGAAGGAGUGGAAUGGCGCAUGGAGCGAUGAAUCAGAGGAGUGGGCAAACGUGAGUGAUAAAGAAAGGAAGAGGAUGGGACUCACAGUCAGCAAUGAUGGAGAGUUCUGGAUGAUGUUUGAAGACUGGUGCAAAAACUUCACUGACGUUGACAUCUGUCGGCUUGUGAACACGUCCUUCUUUAGUAUCCACAAAACCUGGAAAAAGGGGACCAUGUACGGAGCGUGGAGAAAGAAUCCAGACCCCCUUCUGAAUCGCUCUGGUGGAUGUUUCAAUAACAGAGCCACUUUCCUUCAAAACCCACAGUACAUUUUUGACAUUAAAAAGGUGGAGGACAAAGCACUGAUCUCCCUUCAGCAGACAGACCGACGUGUUCACAAGAAAGAAGGGAGAGGGGACAACUUUGUCAUUGGCUUUGAAAUCUUCAAGGUGGAGGACAACAGAGACUAUCGGAUGCAUUCAGUGCACAUACAAGAGAAGGUGAUGACCUCUACGUACAUUGACAUGCGCACGGUGUUUUUGAAGGCGCUUCUCAAGAGAGGCCGAUACGUCCUGAUCCCAACCACAUUCAGCCCUGGUGUGGAAACCGAGUUCAUGCUGAGGAUGUUCACAGAUGUGCCAUCAAAACUCAGGGAGCUCAAGUUGAAUAAACCCAAGCCAGCGUGCCUGGAUAUCCUGCGUGGCUUUCCUAAGAGAGUGUCUCAGAUAAAAAUCCAUACGGCAGAAGGCCUCGUGGGUCGAGACAGACGUGGGGGAGCAAACCCUUUCCUGGUUGUCCAAUGUGAGAAUGAGAAAGUUCGCUCUGCUGUUCAGAAGGGAACCGUCAAUCCUGCUUUCGACACUCAAGCCGUUUUCUAUCGAAGGAACAUCAAACAGCCUAUUGUCGUCCAGGUUUGGCACAGGGCCAUCUUCCGCAACCUGUUCCUGGGACAAGUGCAGCUGCCAGCGUCACCUGGUGACUCCAGGGAAGCACAGACGCUCCAGCUGUGGGGCAGAGGCGGGCAGGAGGCAGAGGAAAUGCCAGGUCGCAUCACUCUCAAGGUCAUUUCCAGCGACGACCUUCUGGAACUAUGAAUAGCACAAACUGACGGGCUCGGACAGGGCUGCCGCCGCUCAGCAAGAGACCUUGUUUGUCCUACCAGCAGGGAAGAAGAAGAGACAUUGCUUGCACAUAGCCUAUGUUUGCUUUGCAGUUUUUCCAUGCUGAAUCCAGGUUGUACCUGGACAAUAGGAAACGUGGCUAAAAAACAGGAGGGAGCAACUAAUCGAAUCUUUAUUACGAUUUAAAACCAGCGGAAGGGCGACGAUUAUGUAACAGAUAUACCCUUCUCUCUCUUUUUCUACAGAUAUAUUCUCUCUCUUUAACCUCAUUGCCGUUGCCGGGUUUACCACCGGAACGAAGCUGUUAUGCUUGUUUGAGUCAGUUUGAUAGAAAUUGGGAUUUUCCCGAGGUGGGCAAGGUGGGAUUUUCUUCCAGGGCCAUUUGUCAGGAAGGCACGCGGCCGAUGCAGGGCUGAACCCAGGGACGGACGAAGGGGGAAAUGAACGCAAGGCACGAACUGUCCGUGCCCCCACUCCCGCCCCCGACGCACCCUGCCUCCAAAACACCCAUGAUAUGCCCCACUCCGGCCUCCACAUGCCCCCCCCCCAUGACUGCAAUGGCGGCGCCCGGGGUGAGCCACCCCGAAUGUCACCAUUGCAGCUACGCCUCUGACGGAAUCAUUGUAAUGGUGGGAGACUUAGCAUAAUAUUGGGAUGGGAUUGGCUUGAAUUUGCUUUUUGUAGGUGGGCAGCACAAUCGGGGGGGGGGGGUGAAUCCUCCUCAAGAUGUGGUGCAGGCUUCCACCGGCACUUAUGCCUAGAACCGUAGCAUUUCUGGUGAAUCCUAGAACAUCGUGGUGACGGCAUGACAACUCUUCUGGAUUUGAUUCAGAAAUUGCACCAUGCCAUUGAUGUGGCGGCCCCCCACUAUGUCCCUCGCUCCAAUCUCCCGCUGAACACUCCUAUGGGGGAGUUGUGAGUUUUUUGCUUUAAAAGAAAACCCUGUUCAGGCUUCCAGAGCUGUGGGAAAGCCCUGUGGAGUGGCCACUGAAGGGGCACCAUUCCCGUCCACCUCCACUCUGGAUUGCACUGUGAUUCUCGUGACUCAUGCCACGCAGAUUGCUGCACUGACUACCUUCUCUUCACUUUGUACUGAAUACCACUGUGGCUGUCAAAGCAGUGCUUAAAUACAGACUGCCCAUUCAUGAUCACCAUGAGAAGUGGAUCAGAUAUCUAAGGUCGAAUCCCCACUGCCGUCUUAGCAGGUUUCAGAACACAAACUA